UUUGGCCUGGCAAAAACGGGCCGCUUUCCUAUUGCAAAAGCAUUGGAUUUUUCUGGCCUACUACGUGCGAUUGAUUGUGCACCAUUGCUGCUGGAGUAGGAGGAGGAGGAGCAGCAGGAAGAAAACACAAAACAUUAGACCACAGAACGAUUUUUUCCUGGAAGAAAAUAGAAUUAGUACAUAUACGGUUAUUUUGAUUGGUUCGAGUAGCGCCCACUGGCGGCGGGAAGUGUGUGUAAGCAGGGGUAGCGGAAGAAGAAGUGCAAAGGAAGUGUGGAAUACAGUGAAGUGUAUUAAAAUAUCCUAUCGCAACAGCAGCAGCUCGAAGGAUAAACCCGGAAGUGGUUCAGAAACGAAGUGAAAGGAGAAUCGAAAAAGAGUACAGCAGAGGAGAGAGAGAGGGGUGUUUGGGACAGUUUACGCAACCAUCAUGUCGGAGCACCAUCGCGGUGCUUGGGGUACUCGGGAGGAUGCUGUAUGGUGGCCCGGGGGUAUCUCGUCAUCGGAUCAGCAAACUAUUCAGCACCAUCAGCAUCUCCUUAAUCAGCACCAUCAGCAGCAGCUGGCCCAGCAACAGGCACAGCUCCAGCACCAGGUUGCCGUUCAGCAACAACAACAGCAGCAGCAACAACAACAACAGCAACAACAGCAGCAGUCCCAGGCACACAAUAACGAUAACGCCCGAAGCAAUAGUACAACGUCGACAUCCGCGACCCAGCAGUUAUUCUCCUACAAAAUGGCAAACAGUUUUCAGAACCCCGUUACGACCAUAUCGGGUGUAACGGUGUCCACCUCAAACUCUCCUUACGACUAUCGUCUUGGAAUGAGCACAGCAGGCGUCGUGUCAAGGCCCGGUGAUCCACCGACGAUGGCCAGUACCGCACCUACGACUCAGUGGUGGUAUCCUGGUGGACAGAAUGCCCUCGACAACUCCCUGCAGCAACAACAGCAGCAGCAGCAACAACAACAACAGCAACAGCAGCAACAACAACAACAGCAGCAGCAGCAACAACAACAUCAGGUACAACAACAAAGCCAACAACAGCAGAAUCAACAUCAAGCCCACAGUCAACAGACCCAAUCGAAUCAAACACACGUGCAGCAGACGCAGAACAAUACGAUUCAGAGCAAAAUCGGCGGCAAUCGGCCGGUCAAGGACAAUAAACCAAGGGGGCGCAUGACAGCGUAUGCCUUUUUCGUACAAACCUGCCGCGAAGAGCACAAGAAAAAGCACCCGGAGGAGCAAGUCAUAUUCGCCGAAUUCUCGCGGAAGUGCGCAGAACGGUGGAAGACGAUGCUGGAUAAGGAGAAACAGCGCUUCCACGAGAUGGCCGAAAAGGACAAGGCACGGUACGAGCUGGAGAUGCAAAGUUACGUUCCACCGAAGGGCACAGUCGUCGGCCGUGGCAAGAAGCGAAAGGCCUUCAAGGAUCCAAAUGCGCCCAAGCGGUCACUAUCGGCGUUCUUUUGGUUCUGCCACGAUGAACGGAACAAGGUGAAGGCACUGAACCCCGAGUACGGAGUUGGUGAUAUCGCGAAGGAACUCGGCCGAAAGUGGUCCGACAUGGAUGCAGAAGUUAAAUCCAAGUAUGAACAGAUGGCGGAGAAGGAUAAGCAGCGGUACGAGGCGGAAAUGACCGAGUACAAGCUGAAGUGCAAAAACGAGCAGCAGGGCGGCACGGCGCUGAACCUCGGCGGACUGCAGCAGACCGGCCUCCAGAAUCUGCCCCAGCACGUACAGCAGGCAGCGGCCGCUCAGCUGCAGGCUCAGGUGCAGCAGCAGUUGGCUGCGCAGGCGGCUGCUGCAGCCGCGGCAGCCCACCACGCCAACGACGACGAUGACGAUGUCGACGGGGACGAGGACGAUGACGAGUAAAAUCAAGCUUUCGAUUUGUAUUAUAAAUAUUUUCUUACGAUGAUAUUAAGCAACCGGCAACAGCAGCAACAACAGCAACAACAACAACAGCAGCAGCAGCAACAUCAACAACAAUCAGGAGUAGGAGGAGGAGGACAGUCAGCUCUACUAGCCAGUUUGAUAAACCAUCGACAGCAACAGAAAAAGAAGCCACAGAAUAAGGACGAUGGCGAUGUUGAGCAGGACAAGUCCAACUCACCUUCGGCUGCUGCGACAUAAUCAACAAUACAUACACAAACACAGAUUGGACGAACAGAUAAUUCGGGAAGCCUCCGGUAAAUGAUAGGAUCUACUCUCGUCCCGUCAUUCGCCGUACGCCGACGGCUUGAGGAUUCUUAGAUGCUGUUCUGUUCCAAAACGCAAUAAUCCUUCCAUUAAACGGACACAUCAUUUCAAUGGUUGUGUCUGAGCGAGUUAAAUUUGUGGAAUAGUUACAGAGCAGCUCAAAUUGGUAAUAUUUGAGAACGAACAUCGCGAUUCGUUCCGGUCGUUACCAAAUUGGAGGCUCUUGUUGUUGUCUUCUGAAAAAGAAACGCUAGCAAACACACUUUUUCAACAGAAAAAUUCAAUCAUCAAUACACAGACGUAAUUUCCAAUCGAAUAAUCAAAAUGAAUGGGAAUGGCUUGUGGCAGCAAGCGUUCGAAUUAUACAGAAGAAAACUAAUUCAGAAAAUUCAGAAAUAAGUGAAACAUUAGUUCACUUAAACAAACUAACAAACAAACAAGCACACACCGACAGAAAAGUUAAGGAAAUAUUUCUCAAUACAAAAUGGGAAAGGUUGAUAAUGUAAGCAAAAGAUAGAGAGAGUGAAGAGAAAGAGAGUUAAGUAAACCUACAGCAACUACUAAACACAUACACACACACACACACAGUUUUGAGACGAUAUUAAGUCGUCCAGUACUGCGUCGAUGGGAGUACAAGCGAAUCAGAACAAUAGGAACCGAGGAUGGCGCGAUCGCGUGUGUGGGCUUAUUUGUAUUAUAUACUAAGCGAAGAGAACAAACACUAAGCUGAUUUAUUAUUUUCAUGAACUCUUAUACAAUGUCAUCCCCCAACCCACACACAGACAGAAACAUUUUCACAUCCGACAUCCUAUUUGUUGCUUAUUUUAAGAAGGAAGGAACCAUAAACAUUUAAAUACGCAGAGAAUUAUAAAUUGUAAACAUUCGAUAUUUGCUGUUGAUAUCAACAAAUUAAAACAAUUAGUUUUUGUUUUUCUUCGACGACAAGAGACGAUCCCCCCGACUAUAGUUUGGAUCGAUCGUAGCAAGCUAUGCGGAAAAUCAUUCAGCUGUCAAAUCUUUUCACAUCGCUUGCAUCAGUUCCAUGUGUUUUUUUUUUUUCAAUCACUACUAGUGAAGUGCGUAAAUCAGAGUUUUAAAAACUGUUUGAUCAGCUAUUUCCAUGACAAAUUCGGUAAGUUUGUUCCGGUGAUUUUCACCAACAAAUCGGGUCAAAAAUUUGACAUGCCCUACAGACAUUUUUUCUCAUCCGAAUCGGAUCCUACCUGGACACCUUCCAGGAAGCCACGUGGCUUACACGAACGUGAAAAAAAAACUUCAAUUAGUACAACCAACAAUCUAAUCUUAGUGGUAUUAUUGGCGAUCGCUUUUUUCUUUGCGUUUUUUUUCUGUUAUAUCCAAUAGGUCAACCUUCUUUGUUAUAUCUUUAUUGGGAAACGAGCGAGCGGGUUGUUUGAGUGCGAAUGCUGACCGCGUGUGCGUAGAGUAAGUAACCGGUUGAACAGAGAGAGAAAACAAAAGUAAUGUACUAGAUUAGCGCCCAGAGAUUAGUUCAUUAGUUGCGAAACUGACGAAACUGCGUCUUCGAUCGAUCGUUGAAAAAAACAAACAGGAUCAUCCAUUACAAGAAAGGGAGGAAGGAAAUCGCAGUUGAAGGUGAUUUUUUUCCAAGAAAAAAAAAAAAAGAUAAAUAAUUAUUAGUUUUCCGAGACGAGAAAUCUCUUAAAAUAUAUUUUCUGACGAUUUAUUUUUUCUCACUCAUAGAAAUUCCUUUAUUUUUAUUAAUGAUUACUGAUUAAAAGUAACCUUAAGUUUGAUCUACUAGAAUGCAUGCUUAAUAAGUGUUAGAUUUUGGGCAAGAAUCAGGCAGUGGGCGAGUGGAGAAUUUGCGUCCCCUGCAUGUGUGAUGUGUGCCCGAGAAAAUGAAUUACCUACAAAAAAUAAGAAAUUAUUUAGCAGUAAGAGUGCAAGUGAGAGACUUUUUGAUGAACUAAAAACGAAAGAGAUAAAACAGCGCUUGAAUUAAAAAAAAAAAGCACGGAGUAUGAGAACUGUGGGAGUUAAGAAAGAGGAGAAAAACGCAUUGAAUAAGAUACAAGUUUGAUCGUAAGUUAGCUAACACGGACACACUUAUCUCUCAAUGUAAAUAUUAAACGGAAAAAAGUGAACAAGAAAAUCAUAAGAAAAAAUCUAGACAAGAAACCUACCACAUAGAAAACCGCUCUCCGACCCACUCCGAUAGAUGCGGGGUGCACAUGCGGGGGUCAUCUUAUUUGGAUAUAGAAAUCAGAGUUUGAUCGGAAGUGAAAAAGAAAAAAAAGUGAACAAAAAUAUACUUAUAAAUAAAGGAAAACACGCAUUAUAAACAAAUUAUUACAAACAAAAAAAAAAACAAGUAAAAAGGUAAAUAAUUAACAAGUAAGUUUUAGUGAAAAUAAACAGCCAGAUAAAUUAAAACAAAAGUAACAGAGCGACGGCGAGAGAUGAAGGAAAUAAUAGUGAAACUCUUGAACUCUUGCACUCUAGACAGAAACCAGCAACAACAACAACAACAAACAGAACACGAAAUCACGUUGAUACAAACAAGUAUUUGAAAGCAGAGAACCACACACAUAAAACACACACACACACACACUCAGAGAGAUGAGAACACAUGCAUGCAACCAACCGGCAAUCGGAGAAAACCGGUCCCAAAAAGACGCCACACAUGGUAGCGACGUUCCUCCCUGGCCUUUACCCGGGGUGCACGCGAGGAACGGCGUGACUGCAGAAAUCCAGUAAUAAGCAAACAAAUAUUUAGUGAUCGGUAGAGAAGUGAAGCAAAUAAAAGAUUUACAUUAAAGGAGAAUACAAAAAAAGAAUGGAAAAAAAUACAAACGAAAGAGGAAAAUUGACAAACAGCAGAGAAUACACAACAAAAAAACAAGACAAAAAGUUACGCUCAUAUUCAACACACACACAGUCACACAUACACAGAGAAAGACACGGACGUUCGACCGAAAGAAAAAAACGGAACUAAUCAUACACAACACAUACACAAAGGAAAACAGAAGACAUUAAGGAAACCGCAUCUCGAUCCCCCUUCUUUUGUAUAUGUAAUACUGUACGUACGUUAAACACAUGUAAUUUUACUGAAGACAAAAUAAAAUGAAAUUAAUUGAAAAAAAAAACUAA